AUGGCCGGUUUUUCAAGAGAUAAAUAUAAAAAACUUGCAAAAGGUUUUUAUGGACGUAGUAAAAAUUGCAUUAGAGUAAUGGCUGGGCGUGUCCAUAAAGCAUUAAGAUAUUCAUUUAGAGAUAGAAAAGUAAGAAGAAGACUUUGUAGAACAUCAUGGAUAUAAACAAUAAACGCAGCUACAAGAGAACAUAAUCUUCCUUAUAAUAGAUUAAUAUGGGCAUUAAAUUAAUCUAAUAUUUAAUUAAAUAGAAAAAUACUUGCUGAUUUUGCAAUUAACGAACCUUUAUCAUUCAAAGCUUAUAUUGAUGAAAUUAAAAUAUAAGUAAAAUUGGAAACAAAACCUCAUAAGCGUGUUAUUGACCCUUUAGAAGCUUACGCAAAACAAUUAAUUAUUGACGGUGAAUUGAAAUAAACUAAUAUUAAAGUUGAAGAACCUUUACCUUAUCUUUUUGGACGAAGGGAAGAAAUUAAUAAAUACAAAGAAAAAGCUGAUUAAGAAAAUAAAAUUUGA